ACCGUCUGCCCGCACCAGCCCCCCAGCCGGAGCCUGCAGGUGCUUUAAAGGAGCCGGCCGCGUGUUCCCGAUGGAGAAGUGGCUCUUCCUAGAUCCUCGGCAGAGGGCCCUGUACAGAGAUGUCAUGCAGGAGAGCUAUGAGACCCUGAUGUCCCUCAAAUAUCCCAUCCCUAAACCGGACGUGAUCUCCCGGCUGGAGCACGGGGAAGAGCCGUGGGUCCCCCCGGAUCUCCAGGGCUCUGGGGGACAGGACCUCCCGAGAGGCGCCAACCCAGGGACCGCGAGCGAGACCGAGGGCGAGGCUCCACGGCCAGAAGGCCCCGAGACGGCAUCAUCGGGAAGCAGCCGGGGGAAGGUGGGCCGCAAUCCCAAAGGGGGCAAAGCCGGCAGGUCCGGAGGCCAGCAGGGAAAGCCACCGGGGAAGAGACGGGGCAGAGAAGCUCCAUGCAACGGAGGCUUCAAGAAAGUCCGGGAUGGGGCGGCCCCGCGGAGAGGCCGAUUGGGGGAGAGCCCCGAAGCCAGGCUCAGCGUGGACGGUAGCAGGCAACUUCCUGCGGGAGAGGAGCCCUCUCUGUGCCCGGAGAGCUCCGCCCUCCUGACCCAGCAGAGAUCCCACGCGGGGCAGGGCUCCUACCCGUGCCCGGAGUGUGGGGAGAGCUUCAUCGAGAGCUCCGCCCUCCUGACGCACCAGCAGUCCCACGCCGGGCAGGAGCCCGGCCCGCGGCGCCGGCCCCAGGCUCCCGGCGGGAAGCGUUACCGCUGCUCCGAGUGCGGGGAGCGCUUCCGGGUGAGCUCCCACCUGGCCACCCACCUGCGCCUCCACACCGGGAUCAAGCCCUUCCAGUGCGCCGACUGCGGGAAGGGCUUCGACUGGGGCUCGCACUACGCCCGGCACCGGCGGCUGCACACCGGCGAGCGGCCCUUCCAGUGCACCGACUGCGGGAAAUGUUUCGGGCGCAGCUCCCACCUCUACCGGCACCAGCGGGCCCACGCCGGCGGGAAGCCCCUGGAGUGCCCGGACUGCGGCAAGGCCUUCAACAGUAGCGCCUUCUUCCACAAGCACCAGCGGGCCCACGCCGCCCCCCGGCAGCCCCACCGCUGCCCCGAGUGCGGGGAGAGCUUCCCCCGCCGCGCCGCUCUCGCCCGGCACCGCCGGAGCCACCGGGGCGACAAACCCUUCCGGUGCGGGGACUGCGGGAAAGGCUUUGCCUGGAGCUCCCACCUGGAGCGGCACCGGCGCGUCCACACCGGCGAGCGGCCCCACACCUGCGGCGAGUGCGGGGAGGCUUUCAGCCAGAGCGCCCACCUGGUGAAACACAAGCGGGUGCACACGGGCGAGAGGCCCUACGGGUGCCCGGACUGCGGGAAGAGCUUUGGGGACAGCUCGGCGCUGGCCAAACACCGGGGGUGCCACGCCGGCGGGGAGAAACGGCGCCUGGCUGCGAAACGCCUGGUGGCAGAGAGACCCUAUCGGUGCGGCGACUGCGGGAAAAGUUUUGCUCGGAGCAUGGCGCUGGUGAGGCACCGGAAAAGCCACGCGGAGAGGCAACCUGACGGUGGGGAGAGCUCAGCCAAGACGAGCCCCCGGGGGGAGAACUCCUGCCAUCCCUGCCCCGACUGCGGGAAAAAGUUCCCUCGAGGCUCCCAGCUGGACAGACACCGGCGCCUCCUCCACACGGCGGGUCAGCCCCACCGGUGCCCACAGAGCACAGCGCUGGCCAAGCAUCGCCGGGGCGACAGACCCUUCCGGUGCGGGGACUGCGGGAAAGCCUUCGCCUGGAGCUCGCACCUGGAGCGGCACCGGCACAUCCACACCGGCGAGCGGCCCCACACCUGCGGCGAGUGCGGGGAGGCCUUCAGCCAGAGCGCCCACCUGGUGAAACACAAGCGGGUGCACGCAGGCCAGCGGAAGAGCUUCGGGGACAGCUCGGCGCUGGGCAAGCACCGGGCCGGCAAAGAGGACACAUCCCACCGCUGCGGCGACUGCGGGAAAAGUUUCAGCUGCGUCACGGACCUCGACCGGCACCAGCCUUCCCACGCGGCGGAGAAACCCUACCAGUGCGGGGACUGUGGGAGAAGCUUCAGCCGGGCACCGGCGCUGGCCAGGCACCGGCGGCUCCACGCCGCUGGGGGGAAACCCUUCCGCUGUGCCGACUGCGGGAAGGGAUUUGCCUGGAGUUCCCACUGGGAGCGGCACCGGCGCGUCCACACCGGUGAAAAGCCUUUCCAGUGCGCCGACUGUGGGAAAUGCUUCGGCCGUAGCUCCCAUCUCUACCGGCAUCAGAGGAACCACCCCAGAGAGAAACCUUCCUCCCAAGGAGUUGAGUAAAGGGGAACGUGACCACCAGGAAGGGACCCUAAUGAGACAACAAUGAAACCAACCCCAGGAACUCUCCUGCCAAAGGUGCAAGGUGUCUGCCAGGGACGAGAUAACAAGGAGUCCACCUGGGAGAGGAACCCCUUUGAGUUCGAUCCGUAUUAGGCAUCGGGGAAGCCUUUCAGGGCUAAGAAAUCCAAUCCACGCGCUAACCGGGGAUAACACUCCUCCAUCACGCGUGUUCGGCUGCCCCCAGCCGCUGAUCAGUGACCCCCUGGCGGCCGGCACGCCAUGAAGCAGGAUCUCCUCCUCUCAUCCAAGUUGGAUGGGAAGCAGCAGGGGGAGGGAGGGAGACGGGGGAGGUAAGUUGCAAUACUACAGAAUACUAUAUUCUUGUGGGAGCCCCUGCGGGACCUGGGGCAAAUUGCCCCACUUGCCGCCACCUCUGGGCGGCCCUGCCCCUGAUGUCCACCCUCGUGCAGGCCCUCUCCCCUGUCUCUCCCCUCCACCGGGCAGGCAUCAGGGCCGCCUCCUACUCGUCCGUGGAUGAAAUAAAGGCUCAAGAGAGAAACUUGUCGCACAGAACAAUCCGCGACCCAGCGGUGGUUUCAGAGGAGGCACUGGACGGGAGGCGGGGAAAGGCAGAGGUGCCGCUUCUCAGCAGGCAGCACUCAAGCACUCCGGAGGAGAGGAGGCCAGGCUGCAAAGGUCGAAACGGAGAACCCCUGGAACUGGGAGGCAGAACGGACCUGGGGAACUCACUGCUGCAGGAUAAGGGCGCCUGUCGGGAUGGUUUCCUGCAAGCGUUCACAGGCAAAGGGCUCGAAGUCCCAGGAGCAAUCGGGGCUGGGUGCCACAUUUACAUUGUCCCCCAUUAGCCAGAGCGUCAAAUUUAUACCACUCCCCAUUAGCCAGAAUGUCACAUUUAUACCAUUAGCCGGAGUGUCACAUUCCCCUUUAGCCGGAGUGUCCCAUUUAUACUAUUCCCCAUUAGCCGGAGUGUUGCGUUUACACCAGUCCCUGUUAGCCGGAACACCACAUUUUAUACCUUUCCCCGUUAUCUGACCGAUUCUUAGAGCUGCUGUGUCAGGGCACGUUUCAAAGCAGGAUCCAGGAUUUUCACCGGCGCCGACGUUGGUAGUCGAGUCUAGGAGAAAAGAGGCAGAAAUGGGGGGAAGAAAGCAAGACCCUGAUCCCUUUAGUGGUUCCUGAUGCAGUCAGGAGGAAAGGCGGGAGGAGGCGGGAGGCGGGAGCUGGUUGAAAUGCUGGGAUUGAACCAGGGACAGCCAGAGUUAAAAGCGUGAGUAGCUGCUCCAGCUUGAGUUAAAGCGUUGAGUCUGGCUCUGUCACAACUCAUGCCUUGUGGAUCAGCACAGAGGGGGACUCGGGAAUGAACACUCACCGAGUGGAUUACACAGGGACACCGCCAGGUUGGUUCUUGGGGACCAGGUGACUGAGAACUGUUAACUCAGUGCACAGCUGAGAGGCAGGAAAUCCCUCAAGGGCCGGCCGCAGCAUGGGAAGAGCAGGGAGGCCAUCCUGGGAGGAGUAACCCCGUAAUCCUUAGGGGAUGACCCUGAGCGGGACUGAGAAGGAGGCCGGGGGAGAUGACGCCCCUUAGUGGGUCCUGAAUCCAGGCUGGGUCCCGUCACUUAGCGCAGCUGGUCCCCUGUCCUGAGUGGGGAUGACAGAGACUGUCUGUGUCCCAUUCACCCCCACUAAUCUGCCCGGGGAGGGGAUAAAAGCCUCAGCUGGGAUUGGAGACCCGGAGGCUGCUGUGAUUUGCCCCCUGCCGAUGAGGCCACCUGCUGGCAGAGAAGGGGUUAACGCUGCGCUAUCCGGUCCCACUAGCAAGUGGAUCACUGAACUCCGCUUUCUCUGAGCAUUUGCAUUGUUGCCUAUUAGAGAACAGUGUGGCCCAGCAGGUCAGGGACUGGCCUGUAAACCAGGAGACCUGGGCAAGACACGUACCUUGCCUUAUGCCUCAGUUUCCCCUCUCUCCCUUUGUCUGUUUAGACUGUGAGCUCCUUGGGCAGAGGUUGUGGGUUCAUCUAGCAUCCAGCACAGGCUGGUCCUACGAUAUUCCAUCAUGUGCCCAGAACCCCAGCAGUUAGAACUGAGGUCAUAGACUCCCCACCGCCUGUAAUCCUGUCUACACUGGAUCCCCAUCUGUCUCUCUCCGCUGAUCUGUGCUUUCUCCAUCCACUCUGAAGGGCUGGAUUUCUGCUGAGGGGUGGGGUGGUCUAUGAGCAGCAAUUGGCUAUAGUUGUACAGGUUUUAAAACAAUGGGUGUAUCCGGGGAGGGUGGAAAUCUGUCUAUUGAGGUUUGAUUAUGGGGGGGUUCUAAUGUUUUCUUUUAAUAAGUAGCCGCUGCUGUAUGGGUGUCAUAUGAAUAAACUGUAACACAAUCGGCUCUAGGGUAACCAGACGUCCUGAUAUUUGGGGCUUUGUCUUAUAUAUGCACCUGUACCCCGUGGAAGUGUCCUGAUUUUUCACACUUGCUAGCUGGUCGCCCGAAUCAGACCACCACUGUAUGCAGCCAAGUUGGAAGAACUUCCUUAACUCAGCUCCCUGGCUCAGCGGCGUGGGAUGUGAGUGUCCGCAUGUGGGGUGUGUACCACUAGGGGGCAGUAUGCU